AUGGAAAUUAUUUUAACAGAUCCUCAUCAUGCUCAUACAGAUAUACAGUCAAUACCAAAUCCCUUUAAACAAAUGUUAAAAACUACUGUCAAGUCGGAAAUGUUUAUGAGGGGUUGUAUAGACGUGUUCUGGGAGACAGCAGAUACAUACCAAGCUCCUGUUAUAGCUCUUGUUGCAAUCACAUGUCUGAUUCAGGUGUCCCAGAUAAUAGCAACUUGUUACAACAGAAUUGUCAAAUCGAAUAAAUCCAACAACAAAAUAACAGACCAAAGGGAUAUUAAAAAUUACAAAAAUGUUUCUCCAUCUAAAAACAACCGAAAACUAGGAAUGAAAAACACUGUAUAUUCGGAAGAAAAAAUGUGGUAUCCUGAAGUUGAGAGAAACAAUUAUAUUUCCCCACAUAAACACGCAUGGGAUACAGAAAGUAGAAAUGAAAGUUUCCACGAAGGAGAAAAAUGGUAUUCUGGUGUCAGACGAGAACUUAUGAAAAGACCAAAUAGGUCCUUAGUCAUGGACAUUUAGUAGCUAUGAUGUAACAUUGCAAUGCAUUGAUCUGAAAGAUACUGUUUAACCUUCAUAAUAUAGAAUGUUUAUUAGUAAAAAAACAAAUCAUAUGUGUAAGCAUAGCAUUGAUUUUAACUGUAUUAUAAUUUUUGAUUUUAGGAAACGGGAUAAUAUUCGUUUUCUCCAUCUAGCCAAAAUGGAAACUGUUUUAUCUAUUUUCAACCUUUAGUGAUCCUUUGUCGUCCAACGUCCGACUACAAAUAAGAAACUCUUGAGUCAGUUUAUAUUGAGUUGAAUACACACAUCAUAAAGCAACCAUUCUAGAAAAACGAAUUCCUCGCAUUAGAAACCAUAGUAAGGAAAUGGCAGGAUUUGUGCAUAUCAAAUCUACAAUACUAGAAGAAUCAACAUCUUGCAAUAUAACUGUAACUUUACAUUCAGAAAAAAAACAUUAUGUUCUGUUAUUCAAAAAUCUUUCGAAUUUAAAACAGAGGUAGUACAGACUAUCGAUGCCUUGGAAACUACCACUCUGCAUUCUCUGGAUUGUUUGUUCAUGAAUAAUUAUAUUCAGUGUUUAUAAUUUCACAU